AUGAAAAGCUCAUGUGGCAACAAUGUGAGCACGUCCAAAAUGGGAUGCACUGCCCCCCAGCACUCGAAUCCGCUGGCAAACACCAAGAACGGGGUUUUCGUUGAAGACACCAAAGAAAUCUCCUGCACACUUUUUGAGAGCAAUUACGCUACGUCAUUGAAGCGUCGCAAAGAUUUCGACGAAAACUCGAGGAGGAGAGAGCUUAUUUUGGACGAUGCAGAAAGCCUCAAUCAAAGGAUGGGAGAAUAUCGUAGACAAAAGAAGACUGGCAGAUACAUCCAUAUAUUCGAUACCGAUUCCGAUGACGAAGAAGACCUUGAACAAUGA